GGCACUGCUGGGUGUUCUUGCCACCAUCCCUGUGCACAGAGGCACUGCUGGGUGUUCUUGCCACCAUCCCUGCUCUCUCAGGUCUUGCUGGAGGCUGGGAAGCAGCCAUGGAAAUGAGACUGAAGUACCUGGGCCACAAAGCACUGCAGGGAUGAGCAGGUCCCUGGGCUUUGUCCCUGCCAGCCCGGCUGCAGAGCGGUGGGACAGGGUGCUCUGGCCUAGGCAGAGCCUCUCUCCUUUGGGCACAGCCAGGGGCACUGGGAGAUCUGUGGGCGAGCACAGUGAGGGGUUGGCUGUGUUGCUCCACUGGGGUUGGCCCUGCAGGACACCCAGGUGGGCACCGGGCUCACGGCGUGUCCCGCAGGCUCUGGGGGACAUGGACCAGGUCCGGAUGACGUCCGAGGGCUCCGACUGCCGCUGCAAGUGCAUCCUGCGGCCGCUGAGCAGGGACGCCUGCAGCCGCGUCCGGAGCGGCAGCGCGCGCGUGGAGGAUUUCUACACCGUGGAGACGGUGAGCUCGGGGGCUGACUGCCGGUGCUCCUGCACCGCGCCGCCCUCCUCGCUCAACCCCUGCGAGAACGAGUGGAAGAUGGAGAAGCUCAAGAAGCAGGCCCCCGAGCUCUUCAAGCUGCAGGCCAUGGUGGACCUGCUGGAGGGAACGCUGUACAGCAUGGACCUGAUGAAGGUGCACUCCUACAUCAGCAAGGUGGUGGCGCAGAUGAACACGCUGGAGGAGACCAUCAAGACCAACCUGAGCAGGGAGAAUGACUUCAUGAAGGAGAGUGUCCAGCACCUCACUGACCAGAUGAAACGCUACGAGAACUACUCUGACAUCAUGAUCAGCAUCAAGAAGGAGAUCUCCAACCUGGGCUACCAGCUGCUGCAGAAGGACGCGGCUGCCAUCCCCGAGAGCAAGGCACAGGACACGACAGGGGGCCGGGAGAAGGAGGCAGGACGGUACCCCAGCCCCCGCAAGGCCCUGGGGGACAGGGCAGCGCCCCGAGCACCCAAGGAGAAGCCGCUGAAGCCCGAAAAGCCCAAAAAGGAGAACACCAAGGCCAAGGCGGGGUCACAGCCCACGGCCAAGCCCAAGCCCGUGGCACAGCAGCAGACUGUGGUCCGGGGCAUCACCUACUACAAGGUCGGGCAGGGAGCGGCGGAGGGUCCGGCCGGGAGCCGCGAGAGCCCUGUGAGAGGGGCGGCCGUGCCAGAGCAGCAGGAGGACAGGGGCCCCCCGCCCGCCCCAGCCGAGGGCACCCCGGCCCAGGCUGUUGCACAGGUGGAGAGCACCGUGCCCGGCAGCACGGCCGUGCCCAGCACCGCCCCGGUGCCCCGCAGCACCGCCCGCAGCGCCCCCGGGCAGGGCACCGACAGCACCGGGGACCCCGAGACACCCAACAGAGUGAAGGAGGCGGAGUGCGAAGGCACCAUCGAGGCCGUGCAGCCCCCCAGGGAGCACCACAGCUACGGGCGCAACGAGGGGGCCUGGAUGAAGGACCCGGCAGCCAAGGAUGACCGCAUCUACGUCACCAACUACUACUAUGGCAACAGCCUGGUGGAGUUCAGGAGCCUCGACAGCUUCAAGCAGGGCCGCUGGAGCAACCUCUACAAGCUGCCCUACAACUGGAUUGGCACGGGGCACGUGGUGUACAGGGGGGCCUUCUACUACAACCGCGCCUUCACCAAGAACAUCAUCAAGUACGACCUGAAGGAGCGCUACGUGGCGGGCUGGGCGCAGCUCCACGACGUGGUGUACGAGGACACCACGCCCUGGAAGUGGAGGGGCCACUCGGACAUCGACUUUGCCGUGGAUGAGAGCGGGCUCUGGGUCAUCUACCCGUCGGUGGACUAUGACUACUCCCAGCAGGAGGUGAUCGUCCUCAGCCGGCUGGACCCCGUGGACCUCUCGGUGCGCAAGGAAACCACCUGGAAGACGGGGCUGAAGCGCAACACCUACGGGAACUGCUUCAUCAUCUGUGGCAUCCUCUAUGCUGUGGACACCUACAGCCAGAAGGAAGGGCAGAUCUCCUAUGCCUUCGACACGCACACAGACACGGAGGCAGAGCUCCGGCUGCCCUUCCUCAACCACUACUCCUUCACCACGCAGGUCGACUACAACCCCAAGGAGAAGGUGCUCUAUGCCUGGGACAAUGGCCAUCAGAUGACCUACGGGCUCAGCUUCGUGGUCUGAGUGCCCGGGCGGGUCCCUCUGCACUCCUGCACCCACCCUGGCUGGGGCACCCUGACGCAGCCUGGCCCUGGCACCCCCACUCCAGCCAGGGCUGUGGCAAGAGCUCAGCUUCCCCCUCAAAACCCUCCCCAUCUGCUCUGGCCACCACCUGCCCCAUGCCCACCGUGCUGCAGGGCGUGGGGAGCCCGUCAGAGCAGCCCCCAGCAGACACCCCCCCCUGUGACAACGUGGCCCCGGGGCCGUGGCAGCUCGGCCAGCGCCGCCUUCCCGGGCUCACAGAGGAGCCCAGCCCCGCACGGCUCUGCCGCCGCUGGCACCGCCCGCCCGCCCUGCAGCAGCGCCCCGAGCGCCCCCUGCGCUGCCCCCAGCCCGGGCACCGCGUGUGCCAUCCAGCGCUGCCAGCCGUGCCAGGGCCAGGGCCAGCCCCGCGGGCCCCCCACUGCCCGGCACCCGGAACAGGUGCCAGUCGCUAUUUUAGGAAGUGUGGUUAAGAUGCCUUUGCUUUUGCUGAUCAUGAGUUUGUUAUUUAAAUGCAUUCACUGGAGCUGUGCAAGUCCCCUUCGGCAGCAGGCGUGGAGGAGCCUGCCUGGGGUGUCCUCCCUGCACAGAAACCCACACACCUGCCCUCUCACCUGCCCUCUCACCUGCUCUCACUCCUGCCCUCUCACCUGCCAUUACACCUGCCAUUACACCUGCCCUCUCACCUGCCCUCUCACCUGUCCUCACUCCUGCCCUCUCACCUGCCCUCUCACCUGCCCUCUCACCUGUCCUCACUCCUGCCCUCUGACCUGCCCUCUCACCUGCCCACACCCCUGCCCGCACCCAGCACUGGCCAGGGCACCCUCGGGGCUCUCACUCCGUGUGAGGCAGAGCGAGGGGCUGUGAGCGCUUGGCUUGGUUUUGGUCAUUUUAGACAUGAGCAGUACUAAAACAUAACAGAUGUGAGAGCGGGCUGCGUGUGUUGUCGUUUGUCCUGGAGCUGGGCAGGGUGGG